AACCUACCUAAAACAUUAAUAGUGAUAUUGACAUAAAUGGAUCCACCAAGAGUGAAGUUACAUCCAUACAAUCCACUCUGAGAAGUUGAUAUGCCACUGAAAGUUAGGAGACUGGAAAUCUUCUUUUCACUGAUGAUAGAGUUAACUGGGGUAGGAGUUACUCCAGGCCCAUUCCACUGUAUGCCUGAGGCAUCAGUGACAUCUAUGGGCAGGGAAAUGGAGCAGGUGAGAGAGACAGUGGCUCCAGACAUCAUGGGGGAGGGAGGAGAAGAUGUGAGCGAGAUGGUCGCUGGUACUACAUGUAACUUUGCUGAAACAUUUGAAACACUGUUAGCUAUUAAACAUGUGUAGAGUCCUGCUGUUCUGUCUGUCAGAGUGUGGGUGUACUGUGCAGUCACUCCAUCAUUCAACACAGUCUGGGUUCCUUGGGUGACAGUGGUGGAGUCUCUGGUCCAAGUGACAGUGGUAGCAGGUCCACCAGUGGAGAUACAGGUGAGGGU